GGCUCAAAAGCUGGAGCGUACGCACAGCCAGAUGGCGAAUUCUAGCGUCGUUCGUACCGAUUCGGACCGCUGACUUAGCAGUUCGAGCGCGCUUGGCCAGUGGGCGGUGAAGAAUGAAAUAAGCUCACAUCAUCCAUCAGCAGUCGAAUUCGGAUGCCGCGCUGCUCCGUCUGCGACGACGGCGCCGCGCUCCUCUGCGGCGCCUGCGUAGACGCCGAGCUCGCGGCGUCGCGGGCCCGCCUCGCGCAGGCCAGGCGCGCCGAGGCCGACUGGAGGGCCCAGGCCGAGGCGGCGCCGGCGCGACCGCCGGAGGUCGACGCGGACGCGGUCGCCGCGGGCCUCGCGAAGACGCUGCUGGCCGUCGCGCGGCGGGUCCACGCGGACCGGGCGCAAUUACGUACGGCGCGCGCCGCGAACGACGCGACGCGGCGGCGCGUCGAGGCGGCGCGGCGGCGCCUUGCGAAGAGACGCGCCGAGCUCGACGCGUUGCGAAGCGCGAUCCAGGCGCCGUCGGCGAGGGCGUCGCUCCGCGCGACGCCGCGCUGGGCGACGGUCGCCGCUUUAUUUGAAGCGUUUCCCAUCGUCGAGAUCUCGCCGCGGCCCAAGCGGCGGUCCCUGCGGGGCGUCGCGACGAUCUGCGGCCUGCCGCUCCCGAGCGACGCGCGCGCGUGCCGGGAGCAGCUGCCGCCCGAGGUCUGGCGCUGCGCGCUCGCGGCCGUGGCGCGCGUCGUCGCCACGGCCGCGGACGAGCUGGGCGUGGCGCUGCCGCACCCGCUGGGCGUCGGUGGGUCGGCGCUCGCGCGCGUCGCCGACGGCGACGCCGCCGCGGCGGCGCGCUACGCGCUGACGCCGGCCGCGCCGGACUUCGAGACGGCGCUGGACUUGUUGCGGAACGACGUCACGCGGCUCUGCGUCGAGGGCGGCGUUCGUGCGCCGCGUGGAAUUGUUUCCAGAGACGACGGCGCUUGAAAUUCGAUUUUCGCACGCGUGGAAUUGUUUGAGAGAUAUAUAUAUGCGGGCUUGAAAUUCUAUCUUCGCACAGGUCGCGCCGGGCGACCUCGGCCCGGCGGAGUGCAUGCUGCCGAACCUGCUGGCGCUGCGGGCCGUCGCGCGGCGGCGCGCCGCCGGAGCGCCCCCGGCGGCGCGCCCGCACGCCUCAUCGCCGCAGUCGGACGACGCCGCCGUGCCCGAGGAGCCGUCGUCGCCCCGCGAGCGGGCCGCGUCCUCGGCCGAGGAGGACUGGCACAUGGUCGGCGACGACCCGUUCGCGACGCUCGCCGAGGCCGACCGCCAGUACUCCUCCCCUGUUUGAAGAAAGACAUAAGUUUGUUACAUUGUACUAGCCGUAUA